GCCAUUCUUUGCCUUUCUUUCUCAACUGAAGUCGCGUUUUAUUAGCCAAAAUCCAAUUCUUUUUUUCCCACUUCGAAGAAAAAAAAACCUUAAAACUACGUUAAAGGGGUGUAAAGAAAAAAAUAAAAAAUAUAAACAGAGGAAGAAGCUCAAGAAGAGAUUAUACAGAGCAGCAGAUUGGAAAACGAACAAUCAGAUCGAGCUGAUUGCUGAUCAGUCAAUUAGAACGAUCUGUUUGUUGACGAAGUAAGACUAUUUAUACGCAAUUUGUGAAGUUUUUGGUGGAGGAUUCGGAUUGCGGAGCGGAAGACAGAGAUUUUGGGCUUUGAGAUCCUUCUAGAUCGUGCUAAAGGAGCCUGAUCUAGGGUUUCUGCAAGUGGAGAUGAAUAUCCGGAGGAGGAGCUUCUUCGGAUGACAUUCUCAUAUGUUUCAGUCGUCUCGGUAAACGAUGAAAUGGGUUACAUUGCUUAAGGACUUCAAGGAAAAGGUCGGUUUUUCUCAACCACCUACUACAUCGUCGUCUUCACCCCCUGCCGCCACUGCUGAAGCUUUUGCGUCGUCAAGAAAUGACUUUGCUGCGUCGUCCCCUUCAAGAGACAAACAUGAAUUGGAGUUGGACUUCAAGAGGUUUUGGGAAGAGUUUCGCUCGUCCAGCUCCGAAAAGGAGAAAGAAACGGCCUUGAACAUGGCUGUAGACGUUUUCUGUAGACUAGUGAAGCAGCACUCUAAUGUAGCUCAAUUAGUUAGCAUGUUAGUUGAGACACACAUUUUCUCCUUUGUCAUUGGAAGAGCAUUUGUAACAGAUAUUGAAAAGUUGAAAAUCAGUAGCAAGACUAGAUCAUUGGAUGUUCUGAAAGUUUUGAAGUUUUUCUCAGACGUCAUGAAGGAUGGCAUCAAUCCGGGUUCAAAUUUGUUAUAUGCGAUUGAAGUUCUUGUAUCUGGGCCAAUUGAUAAACAAUCUCUCCUUGAUUCUGGGAUUCUUUGCUGCCUUAUUCAUGUUCUCAAUGCUCUUCUUAGCCCUGAUGAGGCCAAUCAAAGACAAUUAGCAAAUAACUCAGAAGAAAGGGCAUUUGAAAUGGGUGAUGAUGGAGGUAUAGGCCAUGUUCGCCAGCUUGAGGUUGAGGGAAGUGUUGUGCAUAUUAUGAAAGCAUUGGCGAACCAUCCUUCAGCUGCGCAGAGUUUAAUUGAGGAUGAUUCACUUCAGUUAUUAUUUCAGAUGGUUGCAACUGGCUCUUUGAUUGUUUUUUCUCGAUUUAAACAGGGCCUCAUUCCCUUGCAUACAAUUCAGCUUCAUCGACAUGCCAUGCAGAUACUUGGCCUUCUUUUGGUCAAUGACAAUGGAAGCACGGCAAAGUAUAUACGGAAACACCAUCUAAUAAAAGUUAUUUUAAUGGCCGUUAAGGAUUUCAAUCCUGAAUAUGGUGACUCUGCAUAUACGAUGGGCAUUGUGGACUUACUACUUGAAUGUGUGGAGUUGUCAUAUAGACCUGAGGCUGGGGGAAUCAGGCUUAGGGAGGAUAUUCACAAUGCCCAUGGCUAUCAUUUUCUUGUUCAAUUUGCAUUAGUACUGUCGAACUUACAGAAAAAUCAGGGGUUUGAGUCUGUCCAAUCCCACUAUGGUUCUGAGGAAAAUUCUGCUUCAGAUGGUUCUUCUAUAUCCGAUUCUUCCAGAAGUCAGUACUUCACUGGAAAAGGUUGGGCUACCUCGCCACCACAUCUUUCCCCAUCACUGUCCAGGUUACUUGAUGUGCUUGUUAAUCUAGCACAAAUUGGCCUAACUGAACCCACUAUAUCUGCUGGAGGCAAAGGCACCAAAUCUUCACACAGCAAGGCCAGUGGCCAUGGUAGAAGUCGUACGUCAUCUUCUGAUAGGCUUGGUGAUGAAAUGGGGGAAAAAGGAAAUGCCAAAAUUAAAGACCUUGAAGCGAUUCAAAUGUUACAAGAUAUUUUUCUUAAAGCAGACAGCACUGAACUUCAGGCAGAGGUUUUAAAUAGAAUGUUUAAGAUAUUUUCAAGCCAUCUUGAGAAUUAUAAGUUGUGCCAGCAGUUGCGCACGGUGCCUCUCUUCAUCCUAAAUAUGGCUGGGUUUCCUCCUUCAUUGCAGGAGAUAAUCUUGAAAAUUCUAGAAUAUGCAGUAACUGUUGUGAAUUGCAUUCCUGAACAAGAAUUACUUUCACUUUGUUGCUUGUUGCAGCAACCAACAACAUCUGAAUUAAAGCAUACCAUUCUCUCUUUUUUUGUGAAACUCUUAUCAUUUGAUCAGCAAUAUAAGAAGGUGUUGCGAGAAGUUGGUGUUUUGGAAGUUCUCUUAGAUGACCUGAAGCAGCACAAGUUUUGUUCUGAGCAGCAUAAUCAACUGGAAAGGAAGUCCAGUUCAAGCAGCUUCAAGAAACAUAUGGACAGUAAGGAUGCUAUAAUUUCUUCUCCCAAGCUAAUGGAAUCUGGUUCUGGAAAGUUUCCUCUUUUUGAGACUGAGAGUACGAUAGCUGUUGCAUGGGACUGUAUGGUCUCCUUAUUGAAGAAGUCUGAAGCCAAUCAAUCAUCAUUUCGAUCAUCUAAUGGUGUCACCAUCAUUCUCCCAUUUUUGGUAGCUAGUAUCCAUCGACCUGGGGUUCUUCGGACAUUAUCCUGUUUGAUUAUUGAAGAUGUUGCACAGGCUCAUCCAGAAGAAUUAGGUUCACUAGUUGAAGUUCUAAAGAGUGGUAUGGUUACUAGCAUUUUGGGUACACAGUACAAGCUUCAAAGUGAUGCAAAAUGUGAUACUUUUGGAGCCUUAUGGCGCAUCCUGGGAGUCAAUAGUUCGGCUCAAAGGGUCUUUGGCGAAGCCACUGGUUUUUCUCUUCUACUUACCACACUCCAUAGUUUCCAGAGUGAUGGUGGACCAAUUGAUGGUGGACCGGUUGAUGAUCAAUCUUCUUUACUUGUUCAGAUGAAGGUUUUCACAUUUCUAUUGCGGGUUAUGACAGCUGGAGUGUGUGGUAAUGCUGUCAACAGGACAAGAUUGCAUACGGUUAUAUCAUCUCAGACAUUUUAUGAUCUUCUGUCUGAAUCUGGGUUACUUUGUGUGGAUUGUGAAAAGCAAGUUAUCCAGUUGCUGCUGGAACUUGCUCUUGAAAUUAUAAUUCCACCAUCGAGUGUGCCAACAACAGAUAGUGUUCCAUCAUCUGAUUUGGUUGAAGCUGGGUCUGCUUCUUUUCUUUCAAGUGCUUCAUCAGGUUCUUUUAGUCCUUAUAAGGAGCGGGUAUAUAACGCUAGUGCCAUUGGUGUUCUGAUCCGCUCAUUGUUAAAUUUUACUCCAAAGGUGCAGUUAGAAGUGCUAAGCUUCAUAGAAAAGCUUGCUCAAGCUGGCCCUUUCAAUCAGGAAAGCCUGACUUCUAUAGGUUGCGUGGGCCUUUUACUGGAGGCAAUCCUCCCAUUUCUUGCAGGCUCAUCACCAUUUCUUAGCCAUGCAUUGCUAAUUGUGCAAGUUCUAGGUGCUUACAGGUUGUCGUCAUCGGAGCUACGUGUGCUUGUCAGAUAUGUUCUGCAAAUGAGAAUGAUGAAUUCAGGUCAUAUUCUUGUUGACAUGAUGGAGAGAUUAGUUCACUUGGAAGAUACAGCUUCCGAAAAUGUUUCUCUGGCACCAUUUGUAGAGAUGGACAUGAGCAAGGUCGGGCAUGCUUCUAUUCAAGUUUCUUUAGGGGAAAGAUCAUGGCCCCCUGCUGCUGGUUAUUCCUUUGUCUGCUGGUUUCAGUAUCGAAAUCUCUUGAAACCCCAAGCAAAGGAGCCAGAACAACUGUCCAAGACUGGCCCUUCUAAAAGGAGGAAUUGUUCUAGUGCACAGAAGCUUGGGGCCCAUGUUCUCCGGUUGUUUUCAGUAGGUGCAGUCGAUGAUGGAAAUACAUUCUAUGCAGGACUUUUCCUUCAGGAUGAUGGUGUUUUAACUCUUGCCACUAGCAGCUCCAGUUCGUUGUCUUUUUCUGGGUUAGAACUUGAGGAAGAGAGGUGGCAUCACCUUGCGAUUGUUCAUAGUAAACCUAAUGCAUUGGCUGGACUUUUCCAAGCUAGUGUAGCAUAUGUAUAUGUUAAUGGAAAGCUGAGGCACACUGGGAAGCUGGGAUAUUCACCAUCUCCAAUUGGGAAGUCAUUGCAGGUAACCAUUGGGACACCUGCUACUUGUGCGAAAGUUAGUGAGUUGUCCUGGAGGCUCCGCUGUUGCUAUCUUUUUGAGGAGGUGCUGACUGCAGGUAGUAUAUGCUUCAUGUACAUUCUUGGUAGAGGAUAUAGAGGGCUGUUCCAGGAUACAGAUCUUUUGCAGUUUGUUCCUAACCAGGCCUGUGGUGGGGGUAGUAUGGCAAUAUUGGAUUCAUUAGAUGCUGAAAUACCUUCUUCAUCAUCCAAUGUACAAAAGUUUGACAACACUAGCAAACAAGGAAACCCUAAGCCAGAUGGCAGUGGAAUUGUUUGGGAUCUGGAGAGACUUGGGAAUCUCUCAUCACAGCUCUCUGGGAAGAAGCUUAUAUUUGCAUUCGACGGAACAUCUUCGGAAGCUUUUCGAACAUCUGGGAGCCAAUCCUUGCUCAAUCUAGUUGAUCCAUUAUCAGCUGCUGCUUCCCCUAUUGGGGGUAUACCUCGAUUUGGUCGUCUUCAUGGGGAUAUUUAUAUCUGCAGACAAUAUGUGAUUGGGGAUAGCAUCCGGACUGUUGGUGGAAUGGCCAUUGUCCUGGCUCUUAUUGAAGCUGCUGCGACCCGGGAUAUGCUGCACAUGGCUCUGACGUUACUUGCUUGUGCACUUCAUCAGAGUCCGCAGAAUGUGCGAGAUAUGCAAGCUUACAGAGGGUACCAUUUGCUUGCUCUCUUUCUGCACCGUAGAAUGUCAUUGUUCGACAUGCAGUGUCUUGAGAUCUUUUUCCAGAUUGCUGCAUGCGAAGCUUCGUUUUCUGAACCACAGAAGUUGCAGGAGACACAUAUCAUUCCCUCAUCUGCUGGAUCCAUUCAUGAUGCCAACUAUGAGGAUCUUACUUUGUCAAAGUUUCCUGAUGAAUUUUCAUCAGUUGGAUCUCAUGGAGAUUUUGAUGACUUUUCUUUGCAAAAAGAUUCAUUUAGUCAUAUUUCAGAGCUUGAAAAUGCUGAUAUGUCCUCAGAACCAUCAAACUGUAUUGUUCUCUCAAAUGCAGAUAUGGUUGAACAUGUUCUGUUGGACUGGACCUUGUGGGUGACAGCUCCUGUUUCUAUUCAGAUUGCUCUACUUGGAUUUCUCGAGCGCCUUGUAUCCAUGCAUUGGUACAGGAGUCAUAACCUUACAGUCUUGCGCCGAAUGAACCUUGUCCAACAUUUACUGGUGACCUUGCAGAGGGGUGAUGUGGAAGUUCCUGUGUUAGAGAAACUGGUUGUAUUGCUUGGGGUUAUUUUGGAGGAUGGCUUUUUGGCUUCUGAACUGGAGCAUGUGGUCAGGUUUGUGAUUAUGACUUUUGAUCCUCCUGAAUUGACACGACGUCGUCAAAUCAUCCGAGAGUUGAUGGGAAAGCAUGUCAUUGUACGAAAUAUGUUGCUGGAAAUGCUUAUUGAUUUACAAGUGACCAUAAAUUCAGAAGAGUUGCUUGAGCCAUGGCAUAAGAUUGUUUCAUCCAAGUUGAUAACUUAUUUUCUUGAUGAAUCUGUUCAUCCUACCAGUAUGAGGUGGAUCAUGACUCUUCUUGGUGUUUGUCUUGCUUCUUCUCCUACUUUUUCACUUAAAUUUCGCAUCAGUGGAGGGUAUCAGAAUCUGACACGCGUGCUUCCUAGCUUCUAUGAUUCCCCAGAAAUAUAUUACAUCCUCUUCUGUCUUAUAUUUGGUAAGCCUGUUUAUCCAAGAUUACCUGAAGUCCGCAUGUUAGAUUUCCAUGCCCUUAUGCCAAGCGAUGGAAGUUAUGGAGAACUCAAGUUUGUGGAGCUGUUGGAAUCUGUAAUUUCUAUGGCAAAGUCAACAUUUGAUAGGUUGAGCAUGCAGGCUAUGCUUGCACAGGAAACUGGGAACCUUUCACAGCUGAGUGCUAGCCUUGUGGCAGAGUUUGUGGAAGGAACCACAGACAUGGCAGGGGAACUUCAGGGUGAAGCUUUGAUGCAUAAAACAUAUGCAGCACGUUUAAUGGGUGGGGAAGCAGCAGCCCCUGCUGCAGCAACUGCGGUAUUGAGAUUCAUGGUUGAUUUGGCGAAAAUGUGCUCUCCUUUCUCUGCUGUAUGCAGACGGGCAGAAUUUCUUGAAAGUUGUAUAGAUCUAUAUUUCUCUUGUGUUAGGGCUGCUCGUUCGGUGAAGAUUGCGAAAGACCUCUCUCUGGGAAUAGAAGAGAAGAAUUUGAAUGAUUCUGAUGACGCCCACAGUUCACAGCAUACAUUCUCCAGCUUGCCUCCUGAACAGGAGCAAUCUGCGAAAACUUCCAUUAGUGUUGGAAGCUUUCAACCAGGACAGGUAAGUUCAAGUUCUGAGGAUAUUCCGGAGCCCGAGAAUUAUUUGGCUGGUGAUAAAACAGAAGAUAAACCAACUGUAUCCCAGAGGGAGUCAAACAAGCAAUUCAGUCAAGAAGAUAGCCAAGCUGCACAUGGUUUUGAUGGUGAAAGUGUUGAUCAGAUUUCUACAGUUACUUCCAGCACUAAUGAAUUUAAUUUCCAAAACGUAAAUGGAAUGGCAGAUUCAGCUUGUUCUGGAUCUUUUACCGUAGUUGAUUCUCCCAUUUUGUCUGAAAAAUCUAGUUUUAAAGUUCCACUCAUACCCUCUCCAACCCCGAUGAUUGCUUUGGCUUCUUGGAUUGGCAGUGCGGGCAAUGGUGAAAGAAAAUCUCCAUUAGUUGCUACACCAUCCAUGGGUUCUUCUGUGUCUAUGGGUGAAUAUGAUGCAUUUCAAGAUUUAAAAUUCAGUUCUCAUGGUUCAUCUGCUUCAAACACAUUCUUAGCUGUAAAUCCAAAGCUUUUACUUGAAAUGGAUGAUUCUGGUUAUGGUGGUGGUCCAUGUUCUGCAGGAGCUACUGCUGUUUUAGAUUUUGUGUCAGAAGUUCUUGCUGAUAUUGUGACUGAACAGGUGAAAGCUGCACAGAUCAUAGAGAUCAUUUUAGAAACUGUUCCUUUGUACGUUGAUCCAGAAACUGUGUUAGCUUUCCAGGGUCUUUGCCUAAGUAGACUGAUGAACUUCCUUGAAGGGCGUCUAUUGCGUGAUGACGAGGAAAAUGAGAAAAAACUGGAUAAGAAUAGGUGGUCUGUGAACUUGGAUACAUUGUGCUGGAUGAUAGUGGAUCGCGUAUAUAUGGGUGCUUUUCCUCAGCCAGGCGGCGUACUGCGAACUCUGGAGUUCUUGCUAUCCAUGUUACAAUUGGCUAACAAAUAUGGUAGGAUUGAAGAAGCGGCACCUAUGGGAAAAGGGCUAUUAUCGAUAGCAAGAGUGACCAGGCAGCUUGAUACAUACAUACAUGCACUUUUGAAAAAUAUGAACCGCAUGAUCAUGUACUGUUUUCUUCCCUCGUUCUUGACCACAAUUGGUGAGGAUGACCUUCUUUCCUGCUUAGGCAUGCAAAUGGAAUCGAAGAAGAGUUUAUCUUCAAGCUUUUCACAAGACGAUUCAGGGAUUGAUAUCUGUACAAUCUUGCAGUUAUUAGUUGCUCACAAACGAAUUGUAUUCUGUCCAAACAACCUGGAUGCUGAUCUGAAUUGUUGUCUCUGUAUAAAUUUAAUCUCUGUUCUCCAUGACAGAAGACGAAAUGCACAGAACAUGGCAGUAGAUGUUGUCAAAUACAUGCUGGUACAUCGACGUGCUGCAUUAGAGGAGUUGCUUGUAUCUAAACCUAACCAAGGACAGCAUUUCGAUGUUCUACAUGGUGGUUUUGACAAACUGUUAACUGGAAGUUCAUCUGUAUUCUUUGAAUGGUUUCAGAGUUCAGAACAGGUAGUUAAUGAGGUGUUGGAGCAAUGUGCUGGUAUUAUGUGGGUGCAGUACAUCUCUGGAUCAGCAAAGUUCCCUGGUGUGAGGAUAAAAGUGAUGGAGGGUCGUCGUAAGAGAGAGAUGGGGAGAAGAUCACGGGAUAUUUCGAAACUUGAUCAAAAACACUGGGAGCAGGUGAAUGAGCGGCACUAUGCACUUGAGUUGGUUCGUGAUGCAAUGGCAACUGAGCUGAGAUCUGUUCGUCAAGAUAAAUAUGGUUGGGUUCUCCAUGCUGAGAGUGAGUGGCAAACUCAUCUCCAACAACUAGUACACGAGAGAGGAAUAUUCCCCAUGAGAAAAUCCACCUCUCCUGAAGAACCUGAAUGGCAACUUUGUCCCAUUGAAGGUCCAUACAGGACGCGCAAAAAGCUUGAGCGUUGCAAAUUAAAAAUUGAUACCAUUCAAAACGUUCUUAGUAAACAGUUUGAAUUGGGGGAAGCUGAGCUGUCUAAAGGGAAAAACGAGAACAGCCUAGAUGCUUCUGAAACUGAUUCUGGAUCAUUCUUUCAUCUUUUACCUCAUGGUUCCAAAGAGAAAUGCUUUGAUGGUGGUGAUUACAAUGAGUCUAUUUUCAAAGAAACAGAUGGUGUUAAAGAAGGGGAUGCAGCUUCUGCUAGGCUGGGGUGGAAUGAUGACCGUUGUAGCAGUAUAAAUGAAGCAAGUCUUCACUCUGCUCUUGGGUAUGGUGUGAAGUCCAGUUCCAUUUCUAUCCAAAUGACUGAUAGCAUUCAUGGGAAAUCUGAUCUAGGUUCUCCAAGGCAGUCCUUUUCAGGCAAAAUUGACGAUACAAAAGUUACAGAGGAUAAAGUGGAAAAGGAACUGCUUGAUAAUGGUGAAUAUCUUAUUAGACCUUAUCUGGAACCUCUUGAAAAGAUACGGUUCAGAUAUAAUUGUGAGCGUGUUGUUGGUCUUGAUAAGCAUGAUGGUAUUUUUCUUAUCGGGGAGCUCUGUCUAUAUGUUAUAGAGAAUUUCUAUAUUGAUGAUUCUGGGUGCAUAUGUGAGAAGGAAUGUGAAGAUGAACUCUCUGUGAUUGAUCAGGCUUUGGGUGUGAAAAAGGAUGUUACUGGAAGUAUGGAGUUCCAGUCAAAAUCAUCUUCUUUGUGGAGUACAACAGCAAGGUCUUGGGCUGGGGCAAGGGCGUGGGCAUACAAUGGUGGUGCUUGGGGAAAAGAGAAAGUGUGUACUAGUGGCAAUGUGCCUCAUCCUUGGCGUAUGUGGAAGCUUGAUAGUGUUCAUGAGAUUUUGAAACGUGAUUACCAGCUGCGCCCUGUUGCGGUUGAGAUAUUCAGUAUGGAUGGAUGUAAUGAUCUCCUGGUUUUCCACAAAAGAGAGAGAGAGGAAGUGUUCAAAAAUUUGGUUGCCAUGAAUCUUCCAAGGAACAGCAUGUUGGACACAACUAUUUCUGGAUCGUCCAAACAAGAAGGGAAUGAGGGAAGCCGUCUUUUCAAGAUUAUGGCUAAAUCCUUCUCAAAGAGGUGGCAAAAUGGAGAAAUUAGCAAUUUCCAGUACCUUAUGCACCUCAACACUCUGGCAGGACGUGGAUAUAGUGAUCUCACCCAGUAUCCAGUGUUCCCAUGGGUUCUUGCGGACUAUGAGAGUGAGACUCUUGACUUUUCUGAUACUAAGACAUACCGUAAACUUGACAAACCAAUGGGAUGCCAAACAGCUGAGCGGGAGGAGGAAUUUAGGAAAAGAUAUGAGAGCUGGGAUGACCCAGAUGUCCCCAAGUUUCAUUAUGGUUCACAUUACUCUAGUGCUGGAAUUGUUCUCUUCUAUCUUAUACGCCUACCACCAUUUAGUACGGAGAAUCAGAAACUACAGGGUGGUCAGUUUGACCAUGCAGAUCGCCUUUUCAAUAAUGUGAGAGACACAUGGUUAAGUGCAGCUGGGAACGGUAACACAUCUGACGUGAAAGAACUGAUUCCAGAAUUUUUCUAUAUGCCAGAGUUCAUUGAAAACCGGUUUAAUCUUGAGCUGGGAGAGAAACAAUCAGGGGAGAAGGUUGGUGAUGUUGUAUUACCUCCAUGGGCCAAAGGCAGUGCCAGAGAAUUCAUCAGAAAGCACCGGGAAGCAUUGGAAUCAGAUUAUGUUUCAGAAAAUCUGCACCAAUGGAUAGACCUAAUCUUUGGAUAUAAGCAGAGGGGAAGGGCAGCUGAAGAAGCCUUGAAUGUCUUCUAUCAUUACACAUAUGAAGGGAGUGUGGACAUAGACUCUGUUACAGACCCUGCUAUGAAGGCCUCUAUACUAGCACAGAUUAAUCACUUUGGGCAGACACCGAAGCAAUUAUUUCCCAAACCUCAUGUAAAGAGGCGGGUUGAUAGGAAGCUUCCCCCUCAUCCACUUCGGUUUUGUAACCAUCUUGUUCCGCAUGAAAUCCGUAAAAGUGCAUCUCCAGUUACUCAGAUAGUCACUUCCCAUGAGAAAAUUCUUCUUGCUGGGGAAAAUCAACUGCUUAAACCCAGAACAUAUUCAAAAUACAUUGCAUGGGGUUUCCCAGAUCGGAGCUUGAGGUUUAUGAGCUAUGAUCAAGAUAGACUCCUAUCUACUCAUGAGAGUCUUCAUGGGGGUCACCAGAUUCAGUGUGCAGGGGUCAGUCAUGACGGCCAGAUUCUUGUUACUGGGGCUGAUGAUGGAUUGGUUUCAGUCUGGAGAAUCAGUAAAGGUGGACCACGUAGCCUUCGACGGUUAAAUUUAGAGCGCACACUCUGUGCUCAUACUGCAAAGAUCACAUGCCUUUAUGUCAGCCAGCCUUACAUGCUGAUAGUGAGUGGGUCAGAUGAUUGUAGCGUCAUUUUAUGGGAUCUCAGCACCUUGGUCUUUGUGAAGCAGCUUCCUGAGUUUCCUGCUCCGGUUUCAGCAAUAUAUGUUAAUGACCUGACGGGAGAGAUUGUGACCGCAGCCGGAGUUCUGCUUGCUGUAUGGAGCAUUAAUGGUGACUGUCUUGCAGUGGUCAAUACCUCCCAGCUUCCAUCUGAUUUCAUUGUGUGUGUGACAAGUGCCGCAUUUUCAGAUUGGCAGGACACAAACUGGUACGCUACAGGACACCAGAGUGGGGCUGUGAAGGUGUGGCACAUGGUGCAUUGCUCUGAUGAUGAGAUGAGUAGUCAGAGCAAGUUGACUACUCACGGAAUGGGAGGGAUAGGGCUGAACGGUAAGGCUUCAGAAUACAAGUUGGUCCUCCACAGGGUACUGAAGUCCCAUAAGUAUCCAGUUACAGCACUUUAUGUUACAAGUGAUCAGAAGCAGUUGUUGAGUGGGGAUUCUGGUGGGCACCUUUUCUCAUGGACCUUACCAGAUGAGAGCUUGAGAGCUUCAUUCAGUCACGGGUGAUAUUUGCAUGGAUGAUACAUGGUUGAAUUGCUACUUUUGUCCAGUUGGUGGCGAAUAUUGAUUCCUUGCCCCCAACACAGUUUGGUUUGUCCUUGUGAAGAGAUGUAACAAGGGAGCAAGAAGCAAGACACCAGGGCUGGCGUGGUGACAGAAUGACAAAUCGGGAUGACAAGGAUGAAAUAAACAUCAUCCAGAAGUUCGUUUCUGUUGAUACUAAGGUGAUGAUGAUGAUGAAUUGAUUUGUCAUGUGGCUGUCGAGGGUUGCAGGUUAAGGUUUUUAUUUUUCGGAUCUGCUGAGCCACGGUUCUGGGUGGUCUUGAUGUAAAUAGGUGGAUGACUAACACAUGCAAAGAAGCAAAUUGUAUAGGACAACCCUUCUCUUUCUCUGGGAGUGCAUUGUUGGGUGGAAAUGAUUGUACGCAAUACAUGCGAUGGACGAAGGCUGAUUGAUUGAGUGAGAGCUUCUUUGUCUAAUUCUUUUUUAUUGUUGUAAUUGGGAUCAUGUUGCGCUAUUUUAGCAAUGGAACUAUAUGAACAAUCACA